AUGGCCGAUGGAAUUUCUACUCCAGGUUCAUUUAAAACCAACGAAGAGCAAACACUUAUAUAUUUUGUAAAAUAUGCAUAUUGGGUAAAUGAUUUCGUUACUGCCAUCAUUAAUGCCAAAGACUGGUCUGUUAUAAUUAUUUUUGGGGAAGGAAUUUUACUCCUCAACCAUUCAGAUAGCCAGUACGAAAUUGUGUUGUGGUCAUGUUUCUCCGACAACAUGUGUCCUACUGCAAAUUGGGAAGAAGUUUUUGGAUCUCUUACACCAAUUUGGUAUAAAAAUAUGUUUGCCGUUUGUCUCCCAGAUAUCAAUUUUGGCCUUCUCACUAAACCUCCUGUAGCAUCGAUUGAUACUCUGGGGACGUCUGUAUUUUUUGCGUAA